AUGUUAGAUAAAGAGAAAGAACUAAGAGCAAAGGUACAUAAUGUGGCUCCUCAUAUACGUUUUACUCACUGUAUUAUUCAUCGAGAAGCUCUCGCUUGCAAAGCCAUUGUUCCCGAACUUAAAACUGUUUUUGAUACAGCUGUCAAAAUCGUCAACUACAUAAAAUCACGCCUUUUAAAUGCCAGGUUAUUUGCUUCACUGUGCAAAGACAUGGGCUCAGGCCAUGAAGCAUUGUUGCUUCACACAGAAAUCAGAUGGCUCUCCAGGGGAAAAGUUUUCACACGGCUGUAUCAGCUAAGAGAUGAGGUCCUCCUAUAUUCCUUCAGGAAUCAGGCUCUGAAUUUAGUGUAUUCAUGGCUGAUAGUAACUGAAGAGUCAGAUCUAGAACAGUGUGAUUGGAUACGAAUGCCACUCACUGCUCCUGGAAAUUAUUCAUCAUCUGACCUCGAGGAAGCACUGCUUGAAUUGUCUUCUGAUAGAACCUUACGACUCAAGUUUGGUUCAACAACAUUGAAUGAAUUUUGGAUAUCAGUAUCGGAGGAAUAUCCUGGUUUAUCAAAGGCAGCACUGAAUAUCUUAACACCGUUUGGAUCGACUUAUCUCUGUGAAACUACCUUCUUUGCAUUAACGUAUAUCAAGAAUAAAUACCGAUCUCGAUUGAAUGUAGAAGAUGAUUUGCGAGUUGCAGUCUCCGAUAUCACCCCGAGAUUUGAGAUGUUAUGUUUAAAGAAACAAGCCCAUUCAUCUCAUUAA